AUGGUGUCUACCAAUGAGCCUACUGUCACUCAGAGGUCUGUAACAUUCAUCAAUUACAAUACCCCCGCUUCAAUCACAGCAAAGGAAAUUGACUUAGACUCGUGUUGCAAUGAAGACGAAAUUGUAGUUAAUGUCAAAGCUGCUGCCUUGAAUCCCAUUGACUUUAUGCUACAUGGCCUUUGCUUUCCUUAUGUCAAUCCGAACAAUUUGAAAACGUAUUCUAGAGAUUAUGCUGGUAUUGUUGUUAGAAAAGGGGCUAAUGUAGAUCCUAAGUGGCAGCUUGGUGAUCAUGUUAAUGGUAUGUUUGCUCAUAUAUAUGGGGACCAGGGUAGUUUAUCUGAUUAUCUGAUUAUAAAUCCUUUGAAACAACCCUCAAUAGCUCAUAUUGAUGAUACUGAAAGCUUCGAAAAAGCUGCUGCUUGGCCUUUAGUUUUUGGUACCGCUUAUGCCGUGUUAUUUCACAAUAAACAAAAAUGGAACAAAAAUUCUAAAAUACUUGUCAUUGGCGCAUCAACAUCUGUUUCCAAUUGUCUGGUUCAAAUUGCAAAAAAUCACUUAAAAAUUGGUACUGUCGUUGGUGUAUGCAAUAAAAACUCAAUUGCCCGUAAUAAAAAAUUCGGCUAUGAUUACCUUGUACCUUAUGAUGAUGAGCAAGGUAAUAAUGUGACUGUUGCAAAUGUCCAAAAGCUUAUCAAGGAACAUUUGAAUGGUGAGAAAUUUGAUUUAAUUUUUGAUUCUGUUGGCAACAACCAAUUCUUUCAAAUUAUGGACAGUGUUUUAAAACCAAUCAACACCGACUCAUUUUACACUACCAUCGUUGGAGAUAAGAAAGCAAAUUAUAAAAACCCAAGUGUACUGUCAUUUGUACCCUAUAAAAUACCAUUUAGAGCGUUUAAUCCACUAAGAAAAUUCAAUUAUUCCUUUGCUUUCGUGAAGUCAGAAUUCAGUUUCAUGGAAUUAGGAUCUUUAAUGAUUAAGAAGGGAACUUUUAAACCUCAAAUAGAUUCUGUUUUUUCUUUUAAGGACUUCAACGAGGCAAUUGACAGAGCAAAGUCUAAUAAGGCUAAAGGUAAGGUUAUCAUUAAAAUCGAUUAG